AUGGCAGUCGUCGGAAACCGAAAGCAGCUGAUGUCAUUGCUCCUCCUCCUAUGCGUCAUCACCUCCGGCGUUGUUAUCCCGCCACCUUGGGCGGAGGCGCAGGUAACGUGCCCUGGCCUCAUCAACACACUUUUACCAUGCGCGGUCUACAUAUAUAAUGGCGGGGAGGUACCGGCGACGUGUUGUGGCGCCCUGAAAACGGCGGUGGACGGUUUAAAAACAAAGCAAGACAGACAAAGUGCGUGCCAGUGCAUUAAAGAAGCUCUUGGUAAAGCCACGGCGGAGCAGCUGAAACGGAUUCAAGCUCUCCCGGGUUAUUGUCAAGUACCCGUUCCAUUUCCGAUUAGCCCUAGUGUCGACUGUUCAUCUGUUCCAAAGAGAAUUAAUUAA